AUGAAUUAUUCAGUUGUUGAUAUUCUUGAUCUACCCGAUGAGAUUUUACUGAUUAUUUUUGCAAAAUUGAAAAGCGGUGAUGCCUUUUAUUCACUUUUUGGUGUAAAUGAAAGACUCGAUAAGAUAGUAUGUGAUACUAUCUAUACUCAAUCGAUCGAUUUAGCAACGACAUCAUCAAAUAGUGAAACUGAUUCAUUGUCUGAUCUAAAAUUGAAUCGAUUCUGUCUGGAGAUCCUACCUCGAAUUCAUCACAAUGUAAAAUGUCUCACACUCGAAUCACCAUCUAUGGAAUGCAUUUUUCGUGCUAGUGACUAUCCCAAUCUACACAAACUUAAUCUUGCUAAGCUUGAACUAAAAGACGCAUUAUACUAUUUCAAUGAUGAUUUACCAUUUGCUCAUAUUUUUAAGAAACAAAUUUCUCAUCUGAUUGUGACUGUCACUGAUGAUGCUCAGACUACAUCACUGGAAGAUUUAGCUACAGAUGUAUAUGGACGUAUUUUUACUUUUUUUACAAGUGUAACUCAUUUGGAGUUUGGUAUUUACUAUACUCCUCGACAUCCAACAUUGUUCCUCCAGGAUUUACCAUCGAAUAUUUGUUUCUCGUCAAAAAUAACUCAUUUAUGUGUCAAAGUUCUUCAUUUUAAUGAUUGUCUUCGUUUACUCGAUGGUCGUCUCUAUCAAAUGAAUACCUUUGUUGUCACUGUUGAUUGGUUUUCAUGUAUUCCGUCAGAUGCCAUUAGACUUAGGGGUUUGCAUAAUCUCAAAUGUUUUUCGUUAAUGUCACGUGUUACAACAACAACAUAUGAUGAUCAAAUCGUACCAUUACUUCGUCAAAUGUCACAAUUAGAAAAGCUUACAUUAUCUCUCAAGGUUGGCAAUAGAAGAACAUACGUCGAAGGUACUCAUCUGAACAACGAAAUUCUCAGUCAAAUGUCCUAUCUUCGUACAUUUAUCUUCGACAUUGUUACACAUAUUGUAGACAGCAAUGAAGUUCUGAAGUCCAGUGAUGACAUUCGACGUACAUUUGUCCAACAUGUUGAUUGUUACAUCGACUAUUUUCCAAAUAAAGAAGGUCGAUGUCAUGUCUAUUCACUUCCAUUCACUAUGAAAUAUAUGCAUGCUGUAACAAACAACUUUCCAGGUGGUAUAUUCAGAAAUGUACGCACGUUAUCUAUAGUUGAUGAUAUACGUUCAUUUGAAUAUGAUUUUUUUCAACGAAUUUCUCAUUCAUUUCCGUUACUCAAUCAACUGACAGUAUUUAAUUCAAUACAGCAGAACGAGAAACGAACGCAAGAGUCAUAUGAUGAUAAAAAGAGAUUUUUAAUCGUCGAAUUCACUCAUCUUUCGAAACUCAAUCUCUCGUAUGCUCAUUUCAAUUAUAUUGAACAAUUUCUUCUCAAUACGAAUGCAUAUCUUCCUUCUCUCGAUGAACUUGAAAUUCAAUAUGAACAUUUAUUAACUGUAACAGAAAAUUUUACAAGCGAUGCAACGCGAUUUGUUUGUGCUAAAUUAAAGCGUCUUAAUAUUUCUGAAAUAAUUGUUCAUUCAAAAGAUUUUUAUCUCUAUUUUCCUUUAUUAUAA